GGCUCCUCGUUUUAUACCCUCAUCAAAAGCCAAAACGUAUAAGGCUCCUCGUGUCUCUUUUGCCUGGGAAGCGAAAUCAGGCGAGAGAAACAAACCCUAGAUCCACCACGCCCGCUCUAAUAAAGCUGUCGAACGUGAUGGCGCUGUGCUCUCUCCUGAGAAAGAUGCCUGCCCUUGCACUCAGGUCGCCACCGAUGGCAACCCGCAUGGGCACCAUGCGCGCUCUCUCGGCGGCGGCGGGUUCUCGCUUCAUGUCCCAUGGUGCACCGGAGAGACAGAUGAUUUAUCCUGAAAAGGGGGCCAAACUGCUCGAGGAAACAAAGCGCAAUCAGGCACAGGCCGACCAAUACCUGAAGGAUGCACGCAAAAAAUUGGCUAUUUUGGAUGAACUUCAGAGGCCUGGAUGGUGUGAUCCUAAAGUAAAUUUCCAUGAUGAGCUUCGUAAACUUGAGAAGACAUGUGAUAUAGCUCUUUUGAUACUAGUGCCUACAACUCUUAUGCUUUUUAUGGCUGUAGUAUAAUUUCUCCUAGUGGGUUAAGAAACCCUAAUUUAUCAAGUUUAUUUUCCUAGUAGGUUAUAUGAAACCCAAUCUUACUACGUGUCUGCUAUGUAGCUGUAGUGAUCAGGGUCGAGGAAUUAAGUAUCCAUGUAUUAUAUCCUGACUCGAUGUAAUCUGAAUUGACUUAUUAUUGAUGCUAUAUGAACGUGUGUACUCUUAUA